AGGAAGAAAGAAAGAAAGAAAGACGAGCCAUGAAGAACCAAGAACCUCGUUCAAGCUCUUCUUGUGCCGCUUGCAAGUUCUUGAAAAGGCGGUGCAUCCCCAACUGUCAAUUUGCACCGUACUUUCGGUCGGACGAGCCCAAUAAGUUCGCCAAAGUUCACAAGGUAUUCGGAGCCAGCAAUGUGAGCAAGAUUCUGAAUGAGGUCCCUGAGGAGCAAAGAGAGGACACCGUGAAUUCACUCGUGUACGAGGCCGAGGUACGGCUGAGGGACCCGGUUUACGGUUGCAUUGGUGCAAUAGCUUCUCUGCAGAAGAAGAUGGUAGAGCUUCAACAUGAUCUGCUUCUUGCUAAAGCUCGUCUUGCCUACUGUGCCACCACUAAGCCAGCGCCCACUUCAGCCAUAUUCUUGGAGGGUCCUUCCAAUAUCGCUUCCAACAUUGAUUUUCCGGCUUCUGCUGGCUUGGAGUUGGAGGAGGCUUUCUAUCACAAUUCCUCGGUCAUGGGUCAAAAUGCCAAUGGAUGGAUGAAUGAAUUAGGCCAGUUCCCGCUUGUGUGAUGUGACACGCUCACAUUCCUAUUUUUGCUUCUGAUUCUGUAGGGGCUGCAAAAACAAACCUCAUGUACUUUGCUCUUUGAUGAUGUACUACUAUAAUUUCUAAUCUUCCAUUGAAGAGAAUUUAUCCUCCUUGAAAAGGCAAAGUACUAUCUAUACCUUUUAUCUACUCUCUCUCUCUCUCUCUCUCUCUCUCUCUCUGCAUAUAUAUAUGUAUGUAAUGGUGUCUAUUUCUUGUUUUA